CUCGUAUUUAAUACAAACGCUGUCGAAAUAAUUUUAGUGCAAGAGUUACCACAUAGCAACAUUGUUUUGUUAUUAAAAUGUAUGUUUUAAUUAUUUCGAUUGUAAUAGCAUUUGUGAAUGCAAAGCCGACGGAAGAUAUAAAACAAGAACAAAUGACAGAUGUCAAAGAAACUCUAUCUUCAUACAUCGAAAAAUUUAAAACAACAAUAUCAGAAAACGUCGAAAAGGAAUACAUAAAUUUAUCGCAACAAGAAAAACAAGAAGUUAAUAAUAAUUUAGAUGAGUUUAUAAUUAAAUUUAGUGAAGAUUUAAUCGAAGUUUUAUCGAAAAAAGAAAAAUUGGAUACUAAAGAAAAGGUAAACAAUCUACCUGAGUUAGAUGAAGCAAUAAAAAUAACAGUUUUGAGGGAAUUUCCAGAUAUAGAUGAUAUCACAGCAGACGAGAUUGUUUACAGAUUAAAAAAGAACAUUAUAAACACACGCAGGAAACUAAAAAGUAUCGUUAAUAAAACGAAAAAAGACAAUUGA